CCCAUUUAGCAUUCACAGGUGCGUUGCCUGGACCUACUUGCCAAUACGAGAAAACAGAAGUCCAAGAAUUAUGAAAUGUCUCUCCUUUGAUUGGACUUUGCACCCAGGAAGGCAAUUCAACCCAAAACCUGAUCAAAAACAAACAAUUGUUCCCGUACGGUCGCCCUGUGCUAAAAAGAGCCUCCGGGGACCUGUCCGGCCGUUCCACUCGGAGCUGCCCGGCCAGAGCAGAUGUGGGCCACCCGGGGCUUCGCUCUUGCGUUGUUGAUCUGCGCGUUAGACGUCAGCGUCCUGACAGCUGGGCCCACUCCCAGCUAUGCUACAAAGCCAGAACAAAGGACCGGCACUCCACCGCCCAUAGACUGCCGGAUGAGCCCCUGGAGCGAAUGGUCGCCAUGUGAUCCUUGCCUAAAACAAAGGUUUCGCUCAAGGAGCAUUGAGACCUUUGGACAAUUUAAUGGGCGAAGGUGCUUGGCCAGCCUGGGAGACAGACAACAGUGUGUGCCCACUGAGAACUGUGAAGACGCUGACGAUGACUGUGGAAAUGACUUUAAAUGUGAUUCAGGCCGGUGCAUAAAGAGGCGACUUCUGUGCAAUGACGACAAUGACUGUGGAGACUAUUCAGAUGAGGAUAAUUGUGAAAAUGAUCCACGUAAGCCCUGCCGUGACCGAGUGGUGGAAGAGUCCGAGAUGGGGCGAACAGCAGGCUUUGGGAUCAACAUCUUAGGGAUGGUUCCCCUAAACACGCCCUUCGACAAUGAGUUCUACAAUGGACUAUGUAACCGUGUUCGAGAUGGGAACACCUUGACCUACUACCGGAAACCCUGGAACGUGGCUACUCUGGUCUAUGAAACUAGAGUUGAUAAAAAUUUCAGAACUGAACAUUAUGAAGAACAGUUAGAAGCCUUCAAAUAUGUCAUCAGAGACACAACAUCAAAUCUGAAUGCGGAGCUCUCUCUCAAAUACACACCCACCGAAAAACUUGAGCUGCUUAAAACUAACCUUCAAGGAGGGCCAUCUCCUGGUGCAGAUGCCCCAGCACAGAGUGCUUCCCCACUGGGUGCUGCAGGUUCAUUUCGAUAUAGGUAUUCCAAAAACGAAACUUACCAACUGUUGCUGUCACACUUUUCUAAGAAGGAAAAAAUUUUUAUGCAUGUGAAAGGAGAAGUUGAUCUGGGAAGAUUUGUGAUGAGAAAUCGGGAUAUCAUGCUGACAUCCACUUUCCUGGAUGAUUUAAAAAAUCUGCCAACUACUUAUGAAAAGGGGGAAUAUUUUGCAUUUUUGGAAACCUAUGGAACUCAUUACAGUAGCGCUGGGUCUCUAGGAGGAUUAUAUGAACUAAUAUAUGUUCUGAAUAAAGCUGUCAUGAAGGAACACGGUGUGGAACUAAAGGAUGUCAAGAAAUGCCUUGGGUAUGAUCUGGACUUAUCUGUGAAUUUUGGAAUCGAAUUAAAAGGAAACCUUAAUAAAAAGGAUUGCAUAAAGAGUGGUGGUGGCAAAACUGUAAACAUCACCGGCGACGGCAUCAUAGACGACGUCAUUUCACUCAUAAGAGGAGGAACCAAACAAUAUGCAACUCAACUGAAAGAGAAGCUUCUCAGAGGAGCCAGAACAGUUGAUGUGAAGGACUUUGUAAACUGGGGUUCUUCCUUGAGUGAUGCUCCAGUGCUCACAAAAGAAAGGCUGUCUCCUAUACAUAAUCUGAUUCCAGUGAAAAUGAAAGAUGCACACCAAAAGAAAGAGAAUUUCGAAAGAGCCCUUGACGAUUAUGUCAAUGAAUACAGUGUGAAAAAAUGCCGCCCAUGCCGCAAUGGGGGCACCGUGAUUCUGCUGGAUGGGAAAUGUGUGUGCUCUUGCCCAGUCACAGCUGAGGGGGUUGCCUGUGAAAUCAGUAAAGAAGUAACUAUUCCCGAAUUGUCAAUGGGCGAGAAAUAGAGUUGUUGGUUUCCCUGGGAUCACAUGGAAGGAAAAUCAGC